CUGACGGCGUCUCUGCUCUCUCCCCAGUGCCAGCUCUCAGCUCUGGAGGGCAUCAAGGCCUGCAUGACGUGUUACCCGCGGGCCUGCGGCUCCCUCCGGGGCAAACUAGCUGCCUAUUUCUUGUCCCGAGUGGACGCUGAGUCACCCCAACUGCAGCAGCUGGCGUGCGAAUGCUACGCACUGCUGCCCUCGCUAGGCGCGGGCUUCACCCACGGGCUGAAGCACACGGAGUGCUGGGAGCAGGAGCUGCACGCGCUGCUGGCCACACUGCACGGCCUGCUGGGAAACCUCUACGAGGGCGCCGAGACUGGUAAGGAGGAGCGGGGCUUACGGGAGGGGAACCCAGGCGUCCGCAGUGAGUUUGUGGCUCCGGUGACGGUUCCAGUCCAGGAUGUUCUGGAUCUUGUGUGCCGGGCUCUGAACAUCUCCAUCAAGAACAUCAGCUGGUUUGGCGAUGGGCCCCUGAAAAUGCUGCUGCUGCCGUCUGUCCAUCUGGAGAUCCUGGAUGUGCUGGCGGCCCUGAUCCUGGCGUGUGGGGCCCGGCUGGCACGCUGGGGCAGCGUUCUGGGCCGGCUCUUCCCCCAGGUGCUGGGUGCCUGGAGCAGCAGCAGGGACUCGGUGCCGCUGGGCCAGGAGAAGCCCUACAGCGCCGUGCGCACCCGGCUGUACCAGGUCCUGGAACUGUGGGUGCAGGUGGGCGGGGCCGGCGCGGGGGUGCUGCAGGGCCCCCCCCACCGCAGCGAGGCCCUGCUGGCCCACCUGUUGAGCGACAUCGCGCCCCCCACCGACAGCGUCAAGCUGAAAGUGGAGCGCCCUGGCUCGGAGGGGAAGCCCAGCGCCCCCAAGAAGCCGAAGCUCUCGGAGGGGGGAGACGCCCCCUCCCUGCACCGCAAGCAGGACGCCAUGGCCAACAGCGACGUCUGCAAGGCGGCUCUGCAAGGGCUGAGCCGGGCCAUCCUGCUGGGAGGAACCCUGGUCAAGGAGGAGACCCACAGGAGGCUGCAGGAGCUGGUGGUGCCGCUGCUGCUCCGCCUGGCCCAGGGGGACGUCCCCCCCGGGAGCCCUUACACCAGCCCGGCCUGUCGCCACCAGCUGUACCGCCUGCUGCUGGCCCUGCUCCUGGCACCCGCGCCUGCCUGCCCCCCACCCCUGCACUGCGCCCUGCGGGCCUUCGUCCAGGGCCAGCGGGACCCCAGCCUGCAGGUUUCGUCCUUCUGCGCCGAAGCCCUGGUGACCUGCAGCGCCCUGGCGCGCCCUCGGGUGCCCUCCCUGCAGCUGCCCUUCCCUGGCCCUGCCCCCUUGGCCGGCCCCGCCCCCGCAGACCUGGCCGCCUCCCCCCUUCGCCAGACUCCGCCCUUCCCGCGCCUCGCCCGAGCCGGGAGGCGGGUGACCCAGGCUGCUGGCCCCGCCCUCGGCCCCGGAGGCGCGGAGGAGGGGGGAGCGGGGCUGGGGGGCAAGCCCCGCGCCCCCGUCUACGUGCACUACGAGAAGGUAGGAGUCGACGUGGAGAUCUCCGCGGAGAGUGACUCUGACGAAGUGGUCAUUGUCCCCAAGGGCCCCCCCGAGAGCAGCCCGCCGCCCACUCACGCCUGCCACUGGCGACGGCGCAUGCCCCGGCCUGGCGAGGAGAAAACUGGCGGAACCGUGAUCAACAUCAACACAGCAGGAGAGGAGGAGAGUUCCCGGAGACGAGAGAGGAUAGGGGAAAGGAGGAGAGGAGAGGAGUACUUGCGACAGGAAGACGAGGACUUCGACGAGGAGGAGGAGGAGGAGAAUUCGGAGGAAGAGGAAGAGCUGGGGGAGGAGGAAGAGGAGGAGGAGUAGAAGAAGGAGGACGCUAUCGAGGAAGAGGAGGAGGAGGAGAGGAGGAGGAGGAGGGGCCCUGUCGGAGGAGAGCGGGCGCCUCCCGCCCCCCAGGAGCCGCCGGCCGCGCCGGGGAGCGACGAUCUCAUCAUGGAGGUAGAGGAGAGCCAGGCCCCCGUCCACUGCCCCCGAGGAGGUGGAGGAGGAGGAGGUGUGGUGAUGAAGGCUAGUCCCCCGCCCGCCCCGCAUGCCGCCACCGCAGGAGGAGGAGGAGGAGAGCGCCGCUGGCUCCGC